CUCCCUCCCACGCACUCCUAUGUGCGAGAUGCAGCCUGUGCCUCCCCUCCUCGUCCCAUCGGCGUGAGUCCAUGACCGCCGCCGCGCCGCCGCCACCUCCUCCGAAAGUCUUCCUCCGCCGCGGAUUUCUCCGAUGCGUCCCCCCCUCGACCUGCACACCCUCCUCAGGCUGCGGCUGCCCCCUCGCCACCCCCUCCACCGCCUCCUCCACUCCCACACCCCCAACGACCGCCCGCCGCCGCCGCAGCACCCGCCCCCGCACGACCCCGAGCUCUGGAUCGCCAAGGCGCUCGCGUCCGCGGCCUUCCUCCGGCCACACUGCCUACCGGCAUUCCGCCGCCUCGCUCCGUCCCAGUUCGCCGCCGCCGCCGCGCUCCGCCACGCGCCGUGCGCCUCCUCCGCGCUCCAACUCUUUUCCUCCCUGCACUCCUUCCCGCUCGCCAUCCCCCCGUCCGCGCACUCCUACCGCUACGUCAUCUCGCUGAUGUGCCAGUCCGGCCGCCAAGUCGAUGCCCUCCAACUGUUCGACCGAAUGACGGACCAGUCUGGGUACUUACCCAACGCCCGUUUCCUCUCGUUUCUGGCCGGUUCCUGCGCCAGCGCAGGCCUUCUUGACGCCGCGGCAGCAUUGCUCUCCAAGGCAUCGCAGUUUGGUUGCUCCAUAGAAGCGUAUGCAUAUAACAAGCUCAUGGGCUCGUUCAUCGGCUGCGGCCGGGUGCAGGACGCUGUAGCGUUGUUUGAGGGGUGGAUCCAAGGGGGAGCUUAUUCUCCGGACGUGUGGAGCUUUAAUGUCGUCAUCAAGGGUGUGUGCCAGGUGGGGGAUGUUCAGAAGGCGCUUGAGUUGGUCGAAAGGAUGCAUCAGUUUGGUUGCUUCCCGGAUACUGUCACACAUAACAUUCUUGUGAAUGGGCUAUGCAGGGUAAAGGAGGUGGGUAAAGGUCGUGAGGUGUUGAGGAGACUUCAAAGAGAUGGUGUUUGCCCGCCCAAUGUAGUGACAUACACCUCAGUAAUCUCAGGUUACUGUAAGGCUGGCAGGAUUGAGGAUGCGGUGGCAGUAUACAAUGACAUGGUUGCCUGUGGGACAGCACCCAAUGUUGUCACAUACAAUGUGCUUAUCAAUGGAUAUGGCAAGGCUGGAAAUAUGGGGUCUGCGGUCGCAGUGUAUCAGCAAAUGAUAUUGCGUCGCUGCCCUCCUGACGUUGUGACAUUUAGUUCAUUGAUUGAUGGGUAUUGUCGGUGCAGUCAGCUGGAUGAUGCAAUGAAGAUUUGGACUGAGAUGGCUCAGUGUCACAUUCAACCAAACGCACACACGUUCUCUAUCAUAAUACACACAUUUUGUAAGCAGAACAGAGCAGCGGAAGCACUUCGCUUUCUGAAAGAAUUGAACAUGAGAACAGACAUUGCACCACAGGCAUUCAUCUAUAACCCUGUGAUUGAUGUACUGUGCAAGGCUGGAAAGGUGGAUGAAGCAAACACAGUUCUAAUGGAGAUGGAAGGGAAAGGGUGUCGUCCCGACAAGUAUACCUAUACUAUUUUAAUAGUUGGACACUGCAUGAAGGGAAGGAUAGCAGAAGCCAUCACAUUUUUCCAUAAAAUGGUAGAGACUGGGUGUACCCCUGACAGUAUUACAGUCAAUUCUUUUAUUAGCUGCCUUUUAAAGUCUGGAAUGGCUAGUGAGGUGGAUCACAUAAUGCGUAUUGCAUCAGGGGGUACUUCAUCGAGUUGGAGAGACCCUUGUCCUAUAACCCGAAGAGUAGACAUUUCAGUAGCUGUAUAGCUGAAUGAUACGAUGGAGAAUAUAAGGAGAUCAUCUUCAAUGUUUCUGAUGUGGUUGACGGGGCAUCUGGUGCUUGUCCAAAUAAGACGAACAAGCUCUGUUGUUUUGCAGAACAUUCAGUCGAAAAGAACUCAAUUGUAACUGUAAAGAUCUUGGGUUCACUAAGGCUACAGAACUAUCGAGAGACUAAUCCAAAGCAACUUCAUGCCAAGAAAGGAAAGGACAAGCAGUUUGGUGCUCCGUGUGCAUGUAUUCACUGAAGUGGUUCGAUGAAUACCAUGAAGAGAAGCAAAUGGUGGAUCUGCAAAUUUCAAGGGACCUGUUGAUCUGCAGCAGUAAUGUUGCAGCAAUUGCUCCAUGGAUACUUGACACACUCCUAAACACCUCAUGUAUGAUUUGUUGACCCCCUGGGUUUCAGAUCAUAAGGUCCUCAAGUCACUUUGGUCUGCCUGUGAAGAACAUUCUUUGUUUUGGAGGAGCUGUUACCUGAAUGAGGGGGAAUCGGCUGUUGAAGACUCAACACCUGAAGUACGUGAUGGAAGUAAUUUACCCUCUAACAGAGCUCAAACUACUACUCCCUCCAGAUGCUUUUAAUCGACACGGGCCUUAGUUGAGUAUGUGCAUGGUGCUAGUUGAUUCACGCGUCGAUUAAAACAGAACUGAGGGAUGUUGGCAAUCUCUGGAUUGGUGAAGCAUUGCGUAUACAAUUAAAAGAAGCCAACAUUGUGGAUUAACAUGCAAGCUGUCAGCCUGCCAAGUGUUGGGCGGCCAACAGAAAGAAAAAGUUUGGGCAAUGGUCAUGCAUAAGGGCAAGCAGAUAUUUUUGGCAGGCAAUACAUAAUGAGCAGAAGUAUGGCUGAUCAAGCUAUACCUAUACAAGGAAAACUGCCAAAUGAAGCAUGAGAGUAUACUGGAAGCUUCACAUCUUGUUACUGUCAUAUUGUUGAUGCCUAUCUUUCCGCUUGUAUUAUUGUGAACUUUAUGAGAGUUCAUCUCUUUCUAGUGUCCCUUUCAUGCAAUCAGUUAGGCUGACUGGCGUUGUUGAAUCUCUGGAUCCUUGACCUUGAUUUGUGGGGUAAAGCGCAUAAAGUUCUUCAAUGACGAACUAGUCUCAACUAACAUGAACCAUUAGUUGUUGAAUCGUUGAAUCUCCUCCUUUUGUACCUGGAAGGCUGGAACGUCGGUGAAGCACAUGGAAAGGUGAACAGGGGCCAUGCAACGUUGUCAACUAUUUCUGGCUAGUAUAGCUGUAGCCAAGAGAUCCCAACAGGAAUGGUUGAGAAACUCUACUAACCGAGCCUUUGGGGCUAAGCAACCACCCGCUGAAGGAAACUUGAAGAGUUGUUUGGCCCUUCAUCUGCCUGAUGUGUCUCUGUAAGAGUGCAAGUCUCAUAAUUGACGAAUGAAGUUUGAAGAAAACUCGUGUAUACUACUAGAUUAGAAGCAAUACGUGUGCUGAAGCAAAGAGUUAGAUCCACGGGAGAGCCAGAUUCAGCUAUCACAUUGAUUUUUUUUCGUAUUUUUUUUCAACUAGUAUUUUUUUUUUUUUGACAUUUCUCAACUAUAGAGUCUAAAUGGGUUUGGUGUGAUGAUUAGUGCUUCUGGAAAGCGGCUCUUGGACACAAGGCUUGCACGAAUCCUCUAAUGGGCCUUGUUUUCUUUAGAUCUUGUGUGGGGAGUGUUACACUUGA